UCGUAUAGUAUGACCUGAAUAAAACAAAAAGUCUUUAUAAAGGCUCGAAGAUGACCAAACGUCUCCUGCCUCGUAAAUGACCUUUCCUACUCCGAUCGUAUCUGCAUUAUCGAAAUCGUUUACAAAAGUCUUGAUGGAGAAUAAGAAUAAGAAGAACGCCGAAGAAGAAUGUUCCAUAGACGGAGACAUACUCGCCUCCAUCCUCUCAAGCUUGCCACUCCUCGACCUCGAUUCCGCCUGCCACGUGUCCAAAUCCUGGAACCGCGCCGUCUUCUUCUCCCUCAACCGCCUCAAGUCCACGCCGUGGCUGUUCCUCUACAAACAGAGGACGCAUCCACCGUACACCAUGGCGGCGACGGCGACGGCGUACGAUCCCAAGUCCGAGAGGUGGAUCGAGCUCACAACCGCAUCAUCAUCAUCUCCCGUCGAACACGUCUCCGCCGCUCGAUCCUCCCACUCCACGCUGCUCUACGCGCUCUCCCCGGCGAGAUUCUCCUUCUCACUCGACGCGUUUCACCUCACCUGGCGACACGUGGCGCCGACGAGAGUCUGGAGGAUCGAUCCGAUCGCCGCCGUCGUCGGGAGGCGUCUGAUCGUUGCCGGCGGCGUCUGCGAGUUCGAGGACGAUAGACUCGCCGUCGAGCUGCUCGACGUCGGAUCCGGCGAUGAAGAAGAAGCGGCGUGGGAGAGAUGCGAGUCGAUGCCGCAGUGCCUCUCGGGAUCCGCGUCGUCCACGUGGCUCUCCGUCGCGGUAAGCGCGGGAACGAUGUACGUGACGGAGAAGAGAUCGGGCGUUGCGUGUCGCUUCGAUCCGGAGACGAAGUCAUGGACGGAGCUUCUCGAUUUCUCUCCCGACGGCUGUAGAUUAUACUCGCGCGCGAUCGGAUUCGCCGGUAACCGUCUCCUCAUGGCGGGAAUCACGGGAGACGAGGAUGAUCCGACGGGGAUCGAACUGUGGGAAGUGGUAGUGGUUCCCGCCGAAUCGGGGAAGAGAUUGAAAUUCGAAUCGAUUGGAUCGAUGCCUGAGGAGUGUCUGGAGAGACUCAGAGGGAUCGAUUCUGAUUGGCCGUUAGCGUCGAUAGCGUUCGACGCGGUGGGAGAUAUGGUUUAUGUGCAUAACGCGGCGGAGACGGGAGAGAUCGUUGCGGCUGAGAUGGAAGGAGGGAAGCUCUGUAAGUGGAGGACUCUGCGUAACGCAGACGCUAGAGGUCACGCGGGAGAGAGACUUAUCGUUGCGUGCUCAGACGUUAGUUUUAGCGAUUUGAAACGUGCGUUUAGAGAUGACUUGAGUUUCUCUGUGGUGGCCGUGUGAACGUGGAAUAUUGAGUUUGUUCAUGGGCGUUUUAAAUUCAAAGUUUACAAGUCAAAAUGUCGACGCUAUUUGUAUUGUUAUUACAACAACCCUAUUUGCACUCCC